GCCUAUGGUUGUGUUGGUCCAGGGACAAGAGCAUCUCUUUGAGCAAAGGCCAGAUGAUGACAACCUCCUCGCCACCAUCUGAUCUGCCUUAUGCUCUUCACAGAAAACCUAAAGACAAGGCGGAAACCCCACUAAAGACUGUCAAUCAAAAAAGGACAAGUUAUUCACAGCCCUUGAAAAUCUUUGUGGACCAUGAUUUCAGAUGCUUUGAUUCACAAACCAGCCCCUGUCUUAGGUCCCCUCCCUUUCUCCUUAAAGCCACUCUUAGAACAGUAAAUCUACCCUAGAAAUUUAUAAGCUAGAACUGUGGCUCCCACCCCCCAAUCUCAGAGAGAUAUGUUUUGAGAUCCUCAGCAGAUGCCUGAACCCACAGAUAGUACCAAACCCCUUAUACAUAUAUUAAGUUUUUUCCUACACAUCACAUCAGCACUUUACAGCUGCUCUUUGACACAUCCAAAUUGCCAGCAUCACUACUCUUAAGCUUUGAGGUCAUUGUUAAGUAAAAUAAGGGUGGCUGAAACACAAGCACUGUGAUACCACAAGAGUAGAUCUGAUAACUCAGACGGUUAUUGAGUGAUUCCUGGGUGGGGACUGUAUAAAGUGAGGACACGCUGGACAAAGGGACAAAUCACAUCCCGGGUGGGAUGGAGUGGGUGAUGUGAGGUCCCAUCACAACUUUAGAAAGGGGUGGGACAUCCAGGAACCUUUAGUAUUCGUGAUACUCUACAGAUGGUGUGGGUGCUGGAGGGAGAGUCUUUAAUUGCAGUUCCUUCUAGCAACAAUGUCAAACCUGCUACUAUUUUCUCAGUGCCAUGCACAGACCCCGACAUCUCUAAUGAAAAAGGCAGUCCAAUAUAUCUGGGAGUCAAGGAAGAUCUCUGUCUGUUCUGUGCAGAAAUUGAGGGCCGGCCUACUUUGCAGCUUAAGAAGGAAAGCAUAAUGAAACUGUACAAGGAGAAGAAGGCGCAGAAGUCCUUUCUCUUUCUGCGUGGCAUAGAGGGCUCCACCUCCACCUUCCAGUCCGUCGCCUGCCUCGGCUGGUUCAUCGCCACUUCCUCGCAGGUGCCACACUUGGUGAUAAAUUAUGUGCUCAUCCUACUUAUUAGAACCUGGGGUGGUGUGGCCCAGCUGCUUCUUACCUGCCUUCCGCUGGGAGCCGACGGAACUGAAGAAAGUGUGCAUCGUGCUCUGCUCCUCUGCGACCCAGGUUCUCAAGGCUCAUCCUUGCACGAGGAGGCUGUGACAGCCCCGCUGCCUGUCACUGGGUGUGAGCGAGUCUCAUGGUCUUACUCUGUGCUUCACUGGUUUGCAGAAAAGAAUCCACACUCUCCAAUAUCAGCUUUAUCAAUGGUAAACUUACCAUUCAACAAUAAACAUUAGGCUUUGUCUUUUAAAAAACA